AUGUCAGCUAAACAUACAGCAACCAGGGACCUUCCAAAGGGUCCAGUUGACCUCCUCACAGCAUGGUUCCCGAGAGCAAAGAAGGAAAUCACUCUUAACAAGACAGACAGAUCUAAUCUGGAGAGUGAGGAAGAAUACCAAGCCAGAAUUGCUGAAGUUAACAAGCUUGGGAAGUUCAAGAA